GACCUGUGGAGGGCAGUAAUACUCUUAGCAGCGUCUGCACUGCCGGAAUCCUACAAGAAGAAGAAGAAGAAAAGAUGUUUGUUUCGGUUUCGUUUUGAUUCGAGCUUUAAGUGUCGGUGCUGAACGAACAUCAAUGAGUUUGACGUGUUUCCAUAUACAGGGAAGAUGUCAGACUUUGAGACGAGGAAGAGGAAGAGAUCUUCAUCUCCAGAUCUCAGCUGUGUGUCUCUGAAGAGUCAUGGAUCCAUGAAUCAUCCUCCUGAAUUCAGUGAUGGACCAGUGACCUCUGACCCCAGUAUCUUCAGGAAGAGAUCUUCAUCUCCAGAUCCCAGCUGUGUGUCUCUGAAGAGCAAUCAAUCCAUGAAUCCUCUUGUUAACUUCAGUGAUGGACCAGUGACCUCUGACCCCAGAGAUGAUCAGACUGGAGACCAGGAUUCUCCUCAAGCAGUAGAUGAUGAACUACAGAGAGUCAAAGACCAGCUCAAAACCAGCAUGAAGAACAAGUAUGAGAGAUUAUUUGAGGGACUGAACCUCCAGGAGAAUGAAACCCUCCUGAACAGGAUCUACACACAGCUCUACAUCAUAGAGGGAGAGAGUGAAGGAGUGAAUGAACAACAUGAGGUUUUCCAGAUGGAGAAAACAGCCAGAACACAACACUUACAAGACACUCCAAUCUACUGCAAUGACAUCUUUAAAGCCUCACCUGAACCAGGACGUGAGGAGAAACACCAGAUCAAGACUGUUCUUACUAAAGGCAUCGCUGGAAUCGGAAAAACCGUCUCUGUGCAGAAGUUCAUUCUGGACUGGGCCGAGGGAAAAGCCAAUCAGGAUGUAGAUUUCAUGUUUGUGCUUCCAUUUCGAGAGCUGAACUUGAUCCGAGAUCAUCAGUACAGUCUUCACAGACUUCUGCUGGACUUUCAUCCUGAACUUCAAGAUCUGGACUCAAAGAUUUAUGAGGAGUGUAAAGUUGUGUUCAUCUUUGAUGGUCUGGAUGAAAGCAGAAUCACACUGAUGUUUUCAGAUGAUGAGGAAGUUUCUGAUGUGAAUGAGUCUUCAUCGGUUUGUGAUGUGAAUGAGUCUUCAUCGGUUUGUGAUGUGAAUGAGUCUUCAUCAGUUUCUGAUGUGACUGAGACUUCAUCAGUUUGUGAUGUGAAUGAGACUUCGUCAGUGGGUGUGUUGAUGUCAAAGCUCAUGACAGGAGAGCUGCUUCCCUCUGCUCUCAUCUGGAUCACCUCCAGACCAGCAGCAGCCAAUCAGAUCCCCUCCAGAUACAUCAACCUACUUACGGAGAUUCAGGGAUUCAAUGAGCCUCAGAAGGAGGAAUAUUUCAGGAAGAGAAUCAGUGACGAGCAUCAAGCCAGCAGAAUCAUCUCACACAUCAGAAGAGCAAGAAGCCUCCACAUCAUGUGCCACAUACCCGUCUUCUGCUGGAUCUCAUCCACUGUGCUUCAGAAGCUCCUGAAAGAAGAUCUGAGUGCAGAAAUCCCUCAGACUCUGACUGAAAUGUACAUCCACUUCCUGCUGAUUCAGAUCAACAUGAGGAAUCAGAAGUAUGAAGAGAGAGAUCCAGAGAAACUGCUGAAGUCCAACAGAGAAGUGAUUGUGAAACUUGCUGAAGUGGCUUUCAAUCAGCUGAUGAAGGGCAAUGUGAUGUUCUAUGAGGAGGACCUGAGAGAGAGCGGCAUAGACGUCACUGACGCCUCAGUGUAUUCUGGGAUUUGCACUGAGAUCUUUAAGGAGGAAUCUGUGAUUCAUCAGAGGAAAGUCUACAGCUUCAUUCAUCUGAGCUUUCAGGAGUUUCUCGCUGCUUUCUAUCUGUUUUAUUCACAUGUGAUCAAGAACAAGAAACCACUGGAUGAAUUCAGAUUUUACAGAUCUGAUAAAGUCUCUCUGUAUGCUCUACAAACAGCAGUAGAUAAAGACUCUCUGUAUUCUCUACUAACAUCAGCAGUAGGUAAAGACUCUCUGUAUGAUCCACUAACAUCAGCAGUAGAUAAAGACUCUCUGUAUGAUCUACUAACAUCAGCAGUAUAUAAUGCCCUCAUGAGUGAGAAUGGACAGCUGGAUCUGUUCCUGCGGUUCCUGCUGGGCGUCUCACUGGAGUCCAAUCAGAGACUCUUACAGGUUCUAAUGACACACACAGAGAACAGCUCAGAGAGCAUCAGGAGAACCACACAGUACAUUAAAAAGAUGAUAAAAGAUGAAGAUAGAGAUCUCUCCACUGAAAGAUCUAUCAAUCUGUUCCUCUGUCUGCUGGAAGUCAAAGAUCAGUCUCUGUCCAGAGAGAUUCAGGAGUUUGUGAAAUCAGACAAACACUCAGAGAAGAUACUCUCUUCGUCUCACUGCUCAACAAUCGCCUACAUGAUUCAGAUGUCAGAGGAGCCACUGGAUGAGCUGAACCUCAUGAAAUACAACACGUCAGAUGAGGGGAGAAGAAGACUGAUACCAGCUGUGAUCAACUGCAGAAAAGCUCUAUUUUCUGGCUGUAAUCUCUCAGAUCAGCAUUGUGAAAUUGUGUCUUCAGCUCUACAAUCCUCAAACUCUGUCCUGAGAGAGCUGGAUCUGAGUAACAAUGACCUACAGGACUCUGGUGUCAACUUCAUUUGUGAUGAACUGAAGAGUCCAAACUGUCAGCUGCAGAUCCUGAGUCUUGCUGGCUGUAAUCUCACUGCUCAGCAUUGUGACAGUUUGUCAUCAGCUCUACAAUCCUCAAACUCUGUCCUGAGAGAGCUGGAUCUGAGUAACAAUGACCUACAAGACUCUGGUGUCAACUUCAUUUCUGAUGGACUGAAGAGUCCAAACUGUCAGCUGCAGAUCCUGAGGUUGUCUGGCUGUAUGGUGACAGAGGAAGGCUGUGGUUAUGUGUCUUCAGCUCUGAGUUCAAACCCCUCACACCUGAGAGAGCUGGAUCUGAGCUACAAUCACCCAGGACAAUCAGGAGUGCAGCUGCUCAACCACAAACUGGAGGAUCCAAACUAUAAACUGCAGAUACUCAAUGUGGAUCAUGGAGGAGAGGUCAUGAUGACAGCAGGACCACGAAAGUAUGCCUGUGAUCUCACACUGGAUCCAAACACAGCAGACACUCGACUCGUUCUGUCCGAUGGGAACAGGAAGGUGACGCGCUUGUCAGAGCGUCAGCCAUAUCCUGAUCAUCCAGAGAGAUUUGAUGAGUAUCCUCAUGUUCUGUGUAGAGAGAGACUGACUGGACGCUGUUACUGGGAGGCUGAAUGGAGUGGAGAUACUGAUAUAUCAGUGACAUAUGAAGGAAUCAGCAGGGAAGGACAGAGUUAUGACUUCAUGUUUGGAAGGAAUGUCAAAUCCUGGUGUCUGCACUGCUCUGAUAGAGGAUUCUCUGUCCGUCACAAUAAUAACAAAACUGUUACACCUGCUGUCCCUUCAUCCUCUAAGAGAGCAGGAGUGUAUGUGGACGUGUCGGCCGGCACUCUGUCCUUCUACAGCGUCUCUGACACACACACACUCACACGCUUACACACAUUCAACACCACAUUCACUGAACCCCUCUAUGCUGGAUUUGGUGUUUAUUAUUAUUCCUUCUCAGUGUCUCUGUGUGAUAUUAAAGGAUAGAGACACUCUGUAAAUCCUUUUUCUGAUCUUCACACACACUCAUCAAAUCUCACUUCAUCACAUUUGUAUUAAUUCAUUUUUAAUUCAUGUUUUUCAUUGUCAUCUAGAAGUUACACAUCUAGAUCAGACACACACACUAUUCUGAAUCUGUAAUAAACAGAGUAAUAAAGUUGCUUUAAUAUUCAUAUUGUAAAUUGUUCAUCAGAUUGAAUAAAAGUACAUUUGAGACUGA